AUGUGGCCCGUGUUCCUGCCGCACGUGAUUGGCGCCAUCCUGUUCUUCGUGACGGCGUUCGCGCACAUGUUCGUGCAGACGAGGCUCAUGUACACGCUGGCCAGGGCCCCCGGCGGCUUCACCGGCGCUGGGACCGUCAGAACCAAGACGCUGCUCACCGCCAUCGCCAGCGUCUGCGUCGUGUUCAGUAUCCUUCACGAAAAGCACCCGCCUCCAACCGAGAUGAUUAUCUUCGCCCCCGUGGGUGAGACCUUCUACAUCAAGUACCCGCCCAGCGCCUCAUUCUCCAUCGCCGCAGAGUGGGUGUUCGUAUUCUGCUACCUCCUGUACUUCGCCACCUACGCCAGCGACUUCCGCGACUGCACCUUCUUCCUGGACAUCUACGUUCUAGAUUACGCCCCACCGCCACCGCCACAACCACCGCACGAACUCUGA